CAAGGAGAUGGUUCAGUAAUCUUUUUGUGAAUCCGACACCACUUACACAAGCCCUCCGCUGGAUCGUUAUCUGUGUAUUAUCAGUUUUUUCGUUGAAUCAAUAUGGCAUCGCUACACAUUAUUACAUUAUUGUUAUUAGCGACAGCAUCGAGUGUACAAGCAGGAUUAUCAGAUCAGACCUUCAGUUGGGUCGACCUCUCCGCCGGCGUUGCGGGUACGGUCGGGAUAUGUGUCUUCUUUGUGGGCAUCGGCUUCUUAAUCCACGACCUGGGUUUCCGAGAGUACUUGGCAGAAGUUCGCACCAACGGGGAAACCUUCGCGCAAGAUCUGCCCGACUUCAUCCUUUCCGAGCCAACGCUCAUCGGGGCGAAGUCCUUGUCGGAGCUCGACAAAGUUGACAUUGAUGAUGAGAUCGAUCCACCGUCCGAUGUGGGCGUAGUAAUUGAGGACGAGAUGCCGGUUUAUGAUGGGAUGGCCGAGGCGUCGACAGGACUCUAAAAUCUUAACAUUUGACUUUAUGUUUUGUAAAAU